GAACGGAAUUUGAUAAGAGUACAGCGUCAUAUACAGUUCAGUUCUUUCAGAAUGAAGUUCGCUUGUUCAAGUUGGAUCCUUUUUCUAUUCAUAAUUGGGAAUUCGCAGCUUCCCAUUGAAGCCAAGAAAGUAGAAUCCUCCAAAAACAAUCUGGAGAUCACAAAUGGUGACGUGGCAGAACCUAAUUCAUUUCCUUACGUGGUAGCAAUACUUACGAUUAUAGAUGACAGAAUAGUAACGUGUGGAGGUUCCCUUAUAAGCGAUUCAUUAGUUUUGACAGCAGCAAGAUGCGUUUACGGAGCAACAGAUGCAGAUAUUAGUAUUGGAGCACACGAUUUGAAGAAUUUGGAAGAAAAUCACAUACAAAUGACAUCAAAGUCAUUUAUCAUUCAUGAAGGAUACCAAAACGGCAGUAUGCAUCAUGACAUAGCAGUAAUAGAACUUGAAUCUGCCGUUACACUCAGUGAUCGAAUCGCUACGGUGAAGCUUCCACAAUACAGUGAUAUCUCCACAAAUUUCAACGGAAGACAGGGAGUCGUAGCAGGGUGGGGCAAAACCAGUGACACUGACAAUUCUACCAGCAACGUGCUACAUUAUGCUAAGCUGACGAUUAUUCCAAACACGGUUUGUACGAUAUCACAUGCUUUUCAAAUCAGUUUGGAGCAAAUAUGCACUUCAGGAGUUGCAAGAAAAAAUAUAUGUUUGGGAGAUUCUGGCAGUCCUUUGGUUGUAGAUGGAAUCCAGAUUGGAAUAGCAUCGUUUGGAAGUGACUUUGGAUGUGAAGUAGGCCUUCCUGGGGUAUAUACAAGAGUAACCUCUUAUCUGAAUUGGUUGGGAAUUAGCCCCAAAUGAUUAUUCAGUACACAUGCCAAUAUAAUUUCGAGUUACAAUUAUCAAUAAAUAAUGCAUUUUGAUA